CCCCCUGCCAGUGUCUUCAUCUGGCUCCCUCCGCAACCACAUAUAUACAGAGAAAUGUUUCUUAAUUAAUGAUGCGUCCGCCUUUUUGUCUCAAGCAAUAUUAUUAUUUCUAAAUGAUGAAAACUCCUCGAAACACUCUCUAUAUCUAGAUGAAAAGUCUCCCAGUGUCCAAUUGAGAGGCGUGGUGGGUAGAUGUGAUAAUAUUAUAAAUGUAGGAUCAGCAGCAGCAGUUUCUUUAUCAUCGUCAUUCAAAUUAUUGGAAGUAUCAGGGUGCAGCAGGCGAGGAGAGAGAUGGGAUCAAGAUCAUGGUCGGGGCAGCAGCGGGGGAAUAGUAACAUGAAGCAACGAUGGUGCGCCGUUCAACCCUUGACGCCACUGAUGGAAGGACCCGACCCAGACAUGCAAGAGCAGCAAUAUGAAGCAGCAGCCGACAACAACAACUCAAAGCUGGAGAAGGAGAGCAGCAGCAGCAGCAGCAGCAGCAAUAAUGUCAUUUCUAACUGGGAAAUCAUUAGGGAAUGGUUCCGCACCGACGCCAGCAGCAAGUACCAUAAUAAGCAUCAUGUUAUCUCCCCAGAACUGAAUGUUGGAGUGGGGCGGAAAAAGCAGCUUAAAUCAGCCAAAAGCACACAAGACUUGAGGCUAUUGCUUGGAGUGCUGGGGUGUCCCUUGGCCCCCAUUCCCAUCCCACCGCCUCCUAAUCAUCAUCUUCCCAAUUACGACGAUGAGGAGGAGAAUCAUCCGUCACGAGUACUAGGCGCUGUCCGGAGGGUUCACAUGAUCAAAGACAACAUCCCAAUUGAGAAAUCAAUGGCGAGAUACAUAAUACAGCAAUAUUUGGCGGCGACUGGAUGCAGUAGGGGUAGCAAGAGGAGGAUGAUGAACGACAACAUGUACGUGGCUGGGAGCGUGAAGAUGAUUCGGUGCGAGACGGAGGUCUCGUCCGGGAAGGGCGUCAAGUGCUUGGGAGGGAAGAGCGCCGUGGAAGAGGGUUGCUUUGUCCUCUGGCAAAUGCUCCACCCUUGUUCUUCUUCUUCUCCUCCUAUGUGGUCACUCGAACUUGCUGUCGGGCAGCUGGGAUCAGCUUCUGCAAAAGGCGGCUGCCCGCGGAGGAGCUACAAGCACCAUGUGGUUGCCGGUAGCGACGGCAACACCGUGUGGAGACACACUCCCUGGCUGGGGACCCAUGCUGCCAAGGGUCCUCAGCGCCCUCUCCGUCGCAUCAUCCAGGGCCUGAACCCGAAGAGCACGGGGAGGGUAUUCGCGGGAGCAGAAUGGGUGGGAGAGCAAAGAAUAGGGGAAGACGACUGCUUCGUGCUCAAGGUGGCGGCAGAGCGUGCUGCAGUGGCGGAAAGAAGCGAAGGCCCAGCCGAAGUGCUGCGCCACGUCUUGUACGGAUACUUCUCCCAAAAGAGCGGCCUACUCGUCUACCUGGAGGACUCCCAUCUGACCCGAGUGGCCGUCACAGGCGCCAACUACUGUUGUACCCACAGGAGGAUCAAUGAUGACGAAAUGGAAGUGGAAGUGGAAGCAGAAGAAGAGAGAUAUGUGUACUGGGAGACGACGAUAGGGAGCCGAAUCGGGGAUUACAGGGAAGUUGAGGGUGUGAUGAUCGCCCACGAAGGGAGGUCUGUGGCCACGGUGUUCCGCUUCGAGGAGCAGUCGGUGCAGCACAGCAGGACCCGGAUGGAGGAGCUCUGGCGGAUUGAUGACGUCGUCUUUAACGUCCCUGGCCUUUCUCGAGACCACUUCAUCCCUCCCUCCGACAUUUUCCAAUCGCCAUAACCGGAUCAUCACGCACAUCGAUCGGAGGAUUAUUAUUAAUUAUAUUCACAGAUAGAAGAAUGAUCAGACAGAGAUAUCUAUCAUUAUAUUGCACGCCUUACCUUAUGCAUCUAUGCCAAUGCCAAUGCCUAUGUCUAUGCAUUCA